AUGGAGCCUCUCAACGUCUUGAUGGUUGGUACCGGAGAGUACACCACCGGCUUCGUCGGUGGCGGUGCCUCUGGUUCGGACAAGAAGGUGGGCGUCGUCGGCCUGACUCUCUUCGACCUGAGGAGAAGAGGCAAGGUCAACCAGCUGGGCAUGGUUGGCGUCAACGGCACAAAGUUCCCCGCCAUUAGGGAGCAUCUCCACAAGAACAUCACCCAGGCUUACAACGGCCUGGACACCUCCUUCGACUCAUACCCCGCCAACGACAAGAAGGACCCCGACUCCUACAAGACGGCCAUCGACGCCCUCAAGGCCGGCGACGCCAUCACCAUCUUCACCCCCGACACCACCCACUACCCCAUCGCCCUCUACGCCAUCGAGCGCGGCAUCCACGUGCUCCUGACCAAGCCCGCCGUCAAGGACCUGGAGCACCACCAGGCCCUCAUCGAGGCCGCCGACAAGAAGGGCGUCUACGUCUUCAUCGAGCACCACAAGCGCUUCGACCCGGCCUACUCAGACGCCCGCUUCAAGGCCCAGAAGCUCGGCGACUUCAACUACUUUUACAGCUACAUGUCCCAGCCCAAGUCCCAGCUCGAGACCUUCAAGGCCUGGGCCGGCGUCGACUCGGACAUCUCUUACUACCUCAACAGCCACCACGUCGACAUUUGCGACUCCAUGGUCACCCAGCAAGGCUUCGUCCCCGUCAAGGUCUCCGCCUCGGCGUCAAAGGGCAUCGCCACCGACCUCGGCUGCGACCCGGCCACCGAGGACACAAUCUCCGUCCUCGUCCACUGGGAGAAGAAGGGCGACCCGUCCAAAAAGGCCACGGGCGUCUACACCGCCAGCUGGACCGCGCCCCAGCGCGCGGGCGUCCACUCGAACCAGUACUUCCACUACCUCGCCGCCAACGGCGAGAUCCGCGUCGACCAGGCCAAGCGCGGCUACGACGUCGCCGACGACUCGGCGGGCCAGCUCAUGUGGUACAACCCCUUUUACAUGCGCUACGCGCCCGACGAGGACGGAAACUUCAACGGCCAGACGGGCUACGGCUACAUCUCGCUCGAGAAGUUCGUCGACGGCUGCCGGCAGGUCAACUCUGGCCAGCUCAAGCCCAAGGAUCUCGAUGCCAAGGGUCUGCCUACCCUCAAGAACACCAUCGCCACCACGGCUAUCCUCCACGCCGGCAGGAAAAGUAUCGACGAGAACCGUGAGAUCAAGAUUGAGGUCAACGACGGUGUCUGGAAGCUGGUGUAA